ACAGAGUCACAGAAUGCUGAGCAGUCAACAGCAUUUCUUGUUCCAAGAUCACCCUUCUGAGUACCUCUCUGGCUGCCAAAUUGCCAGGGCCUUCAUAGUUUGAUUCCAUUUCUCAGCUCCAAGCAUUGGGUAAACCCACCAAGCUAGGAUUGCACCAGUCCUGUGAUGGCGUUUGACGUCAGCUCCUUCUUUUGGGUGGUGCUGUUUUCUGCCGGCUGUAAAGUCAUCACCUCCUUGGAUCAGAUGUGCAUUGAGAAAGAAGCCAACAAAACAUAUAGCUGUGAAAAUUUAGGUCUCAGUGAAAUCCCUGACACUCUACCAAACACAACAGAAUUUUUGGAAUUCAGCUUUAAUUUUUUGCCUACAAUUCACAAUGGAACCUUCAGCAGACUCAUGAAUCUUACCUUUUUGGAUUUAACUAGGUGCCAGAUUAAUUGGAUACAUGAAGACACUUUUCAAAGCCAUCAUCAAUUGAACACACUUGUGUUAACUGGAAAUCCUUUGAUAUUCAUGGCAGAAACAUCGCUUAAUGGGCCCAAGUCACUGAAGCAUCUUUUCUUAAUCCAAACGGGAAUAUCCAAUCUCGAGUUUAUUCCAGUGCACAAUCUGGAAAACUUGGAAAGCUUGUAUCUUGGAAGCAACCAUAUUUCCUCCAUUAAGUUCCCCAAAGACUUCCCAGCACGGAAUCUGAAAGUACUGGAUUUUCAGAAUAAUGCUAUACACUACCUCUCUAGAGAAGACAUGAGGUCUCUGGAGCAGGCCACCAACUUAAGCCUGAACUUCAAUGGCAAUGAUGUUAAAGGUAUUGAGCUUGGGGCUUUUGGUUCAAUAGUCUUCCAAAGUUUGAACUUUGGAGGGACUCUAAAUUUGUCUGUUAUAUUCAAUGGUCUGCAGAACUCUACUACUCAGUCUCUCUGGCUGGGAACAUUUGAGGACAUUGAUGACGAAGACAUUAGUUCAGCCAUGCUCAAGGGACUCUGUGAAAUGUCUGUUGAGAGCCUCAACCUGCAGAAACACCACUUCUCUGACUUCUCAUCCACCACAUUUCAGUGCUUCACCCAAAUCCAGGAAUUGGAUCUGACAGCAACUCACUUGGCAGGGUUACCCUCUGGGAUUAAGGGUCUGAACUUGCUCAAGAAAUUAGUUCUUAGUGUAAAUCAUUUUGACCAAUUGUGUCAAAUCAGUGCUGCCAAUUUCCCCUCCCUUACACACCUCUACGUCAGAGGCAACGUGAAGAAACUUCACCUUGGUGUUGGCUGUUUGGAGAAACUAGGAAACCUUCAGACACUUGAUUUAAGCCAUAAUGACAUAGAGGCUUCUGACUGCUGCAAUCUGCAACUCAGAAACCUGUCCCACUUGCAAACCUUAAACCUGAGCCACAAUGAGCUUCUUGGUCUCCAGAGUCAGGCAUUCAAAGAAUGUCCUCGGCUAGAACUCCUGGAUUUGGCGUUUACCCGCUUACACAUUAAUGCUCCACAAAGUCCCUUCCAAAACCUCCAUUUCCUGCAGGUUCUGAAUCUCACUUACUGCUUCCUUGAUACCAGCAAUCAGCAUCUUCUAGCAGGCCUACCAGAUCUCCGGCAUCUCAACUUAAAAGGCAAUCACUUUCAAGAUGGGACUAUCAUGAAGACCAACCUACUUCAGACCGUGGGCAGCUUGGAGAUUCUGAUUUUAUCCUCCUGUGGUCUCCUCUCUAUAGACCAGCAAGCAUUCCACGGCUUGGGAAAAAUGAGCCAUGUAGACUUAAGCCACAACAGCCUGACAUGUGACAGCAUUGCUUCUGUUAGUCAUUUUAAGGGAAUUUACCUCAAUCUGGCCGCCAACAGCAUUAACAUCAUCCCACCCCAUCUCCUCCCCAUCUUGUCCCAGCAGAGCACCAUUAAUUUCAGUCACAAUCCCCUGGACUGCACUUGCUCGAAUAUUCAUUUCUUAACAUGGUACAAAGAAAACCUGCACAAACUUGAAGGCUCGGAGGAGACCACAUGUGCAAACCCGCCGUCUCUAAGGGGAGUUAAGCUAUCUGAUGUCAAGCUGUCCUGUGGGAUUACAGCCAUAGGCAUUUUCUUUCUCACAAUAUUUUUAUUAUUGUUCACCAUUCUGCUCUUUUUUGCAGUUAAAAACCUUCUCAGGUGGAAAUACCGACACAUUUAGUGCUGAAGGUUUCCAGAGAAAGCAAAUAAAUGUGCUUAGCAAAAUUGCUGUAAGUGAAGAAACUGUCAUCUGCUGGUGACCAGACCAGAAUUUUCAGAUUGGUCCUGGAGCUGGGCAGGGACUCACUGUGCUUUUCUGAGCUUCUUACUCCUGUGAGUUCCAGAGCUAAAUAACCUUCUAGGCAAGUACACCGAACCGACUCAGGCCAGAGGGCCAGAUGCUGCUGUGAGAGGCACAGAACCCUUUCCGCAUGUGGAAGAGUGGGAGGAAGCAGCGGGAGGGGCUGGGCAAGGACUGCCAGCUCCAGAGUCACCCACAGGGAGGCCGUUCCCCUUCUACUCACCGACAUCCCUUCCAGCACCCCACACCCCUCCCCUGAAAGGAGAUCAUCAGCCCCCACAAUUUGGCAGAACUGAAGCCAGCCCGCUACCCACCCCAGCCACAGCAUUGUGCUUGGGUCUGGGUUCUCAGUCAUGUAGCCAUUUGAGAAACUUAGUUGGGGACAAAGUCUCAAUGCUUAUUUUAAAUGAAAAAA